GAAACCACAGGAGAGUAAACAAACACUUCAAAGAGACAAAACAUCGCUUCGGUUGGUAAUCUAGGCCAGGGACGGUAAUUACGCUCCGUAGGAAAUGAUGCACACAAAAAAGAUCGGAAAAGGGACUUCAAAGGUUUGACGGCAAAAUGCUGAAUAUUACAAGUUAAUUUCAUUCAGGCUGGAUAAACACAUUCUAUUGUGCAAAUGAACACAUUCUCAGGCCUGCCAGAGUUGGCGCUAAUGUCUGGCCCGAGCGGACAUCACUGUGGUACAGGUACUGUGGUAUAGUCUGUGCUGGAUUGUUUGAAGACAUUUGUUGGUCUUUAGAAGUGGGAUAAUACUAGCUCGAUCGUUCUAGCAUUGCGAAAAGACAUUUCGUAGGGAGGAAGUUUAUUCUGUUGUCUUAAGUAGUGGGUGAAGAGUGUGCAAUUGACGAUAUGGCUGCAAAGUGGGUGCUGAGGUUGUACCUUGUGUUGGCUGUGCGUCUGGUAGUGCCGUGUGUAGAGGCAGGGGACUGGCAACACUGUCAGAAUGUAUCACCGCUGAGAUGUAGUGUUGGGGACAGCCGUAAUGGCGAAUCAAAGUACCGGUAUGACAUUGGCAAGUAUCAGUCCAGGUGGAAGCCAUCCUCUUUUGAUAGUUACCAAGGUCCUUUUGAUAACAUCUAUUUGUAUCCAACCUCCAUGGUUUGCUACGACUGUGCAGGUAACAGAAGUGUGUCAAGUAGCUCUGUCACUGGUGAAGUCCUGAGUGUCACUUUGAGACCCUCCCUACUGGACACCACUGUACUUGUCAUGGUGGAUCAUAAUGUCGGUACUCUGACUUCAGGUGACACCACCGCUGUCUCAAAGCUGCCAUGCGGUAGUGACUGUAAACUAUGGUUUGUCAACUGUAACAUAACGACCAUAGAGGUAGGGGCUCUUGCUAAGCUUCCACAGGUGAAGACCCUGGUCAUCUGGCAGAACAACCUUGAGACCCUGAGAAGCGGCACGUUUGAGGGGAUGGAGGGCGUCAAGGAACUCGUCCUAAUAGAGAACAACAUGACAUGUAUAGAGGCUGGUGCCUUUGACGGCUUGCCGCUGCUGCGGUUCCUCUAUCUCGUGGACAACCAGAUCCUGACGAUGGCACCCGGCAUGCUGCGUGGACUACAGCUGGACUGGCUGGACGUAAGUGCAAAUUCUAUCUGGUACAUAGCGCCUGGGGUACUGCAGGGAGCUCUGUCUGUACGGCAUGUCUAUAUCGUUGAAAACAAGCUCCAGUCAGUCAGCGUAGGCAUGUUUGCUGAGCUUGGUAACAUGCACAACUUGCACUUGGAGUACAAUGAAAUCUCUUGGAUUGCAGAUGGCGCGUUCCACUCAAAUCAGCGAUUGGUUGUUCUAAACUUGGCGGGCAACAAGCUAACUUUUCUGUCAGGUCUUUGGUUCAAACCGGCAAAACUAGGCAAAGUGAAUCUGAAGGGAAAUGCCAUAGCCGCUGCGUAUCCAGGGAGGGAAGACUUAGCCGGGUGGGAUAUUCGGAUACCAUACAAUCCCCUGCGCUGUACGUGUGCGAACGCUGGGCUGUAUGGGCAUCUGUGGAGGCGCUGGAAAGUGACAGGGCGACACCCUUGGCAUUCAGGAAUUUUCAUAUCAACAUUGUGUCCCGCCUGGUCCCUGACUGAAAAGUCUCCUGUACAGGUUAAUGUCAGCGCCCUGCCCUGCCCGGCACCGUUUGUGGAGAUUGUAAACGUCGAGCAAAAUCACGAGUCCCAAGAAUACGAAGCCGUUGGUAACGUGUACUGGGAGGACAUGCCCCGGGUAUCCUGGGCCUUUGCCGACGGGUCGGAAUACUCGAUGAACAUAACGUACAACACAAACACGACGACACACGCCAAUCUGACAAUAGGCAACUUAACUGUUACAGUAGGGACCUACUUAAGGGGUGAGGGGUGGACAAAAUGUAAAAAGAAGAAUCUUGCUAUCAGGGACCCCCAGAAAUGGAAGGUUUGUUCUAACUACUUGGGUAAGUCCAGCUUCAAACUUUGGCUUGAGGGUACGGGGCCUUUGGCGUUCAGGAACACACUUUGCACUGCUUCUUCUGAGAGUGGGUCCUACACAACCAGCUUUGAGGUGCCAAACAACACACACCUGACGCAUUCUCACACGACACAACAACCCGCUACAACAGUGCUCCCACUGGUAAUAACACAACAUCAUACCACAACACGACAAACAACAGAGCCGUCACUGAUGAUUAGCACGAGCAUGAGUGUCGAAAGAGACAACAAUGCCGUGUGGUACAUUUCCGUUGCAGCUAUUGCUGGUUUGUUGCUGGUUAGGAAGGUAGUUUGUAAGUGUUUCAGGUGUUUGAGGGUUAAGCUCUGUCCCACCGUUAGACAGGAUAACGCACAGCAAUCCCACGGUGUCCGUGCGGUCACUGCAUGCUCUAACUGGCCCCUCGACAGUCAUGACAGUUUGGACGGGUCAGUCAUCAGUCCUUACGCUGAGGGUCGUUUUGAUGACCACGACAGUUUGGAUGGAUCGGAGAUCAGUCCAUACGCCGAGGGCCGUCUUGAAGACCAUGACAGUUUGCGCGAUACAGAUUCGUCUGGGUCUUCGGAUGCUGUCCCUUACGGACAGGGAGCGCUGAAUACAGCGUACGAAGAGCGUAGUAGUUACGAAAACACUAACGCAGAAAAUUCCAACAUGUCCGACCAAAACUGCUACCAACAACACUCUUCUAUUCUACCUGACCCUGGUGCUAUCCAGUCCUCUUUCUACCAGCAGCGUAGUAGCUACGAAAAUACUAGCACGGAAAAUUCUAACGUGUCCGACCAAAACUGCUAUCAACACCCUUCUAUUCUCCCUGACCCGGGCGCCACCCAGUCCUCUGCCUACCAACAGCAUAGUAGCUACGAAAAUGUUAGCACGGAAAAUUCUAACAUGUCCGACCAAAACUGCUACCAACACCCUUCUAUUCUACCUGACCCUGGUGCUAUCCAGUCCUCUUUCUACCAGCAGCGUAGUAGCUACGAAAAUACUAGCACGGAAAAUUCUAACGUGUCCGACCAAAACUGCUAUCAACACCCUUUGACGCUCUCCGACCCGGUCGCUACCCAGUCCUCUGCCUACCAGCAGCGUAGUAGCUACGAAAAUACUAGCACGGAAAAUUCUAACAUGUCCGACCAAAACUGCUACCAACGCCCUUCUAUUCUCCCUGACCCGGGCGCCACCCAGUCCUCUGCCUACCAGCAGCGUACACCCUUCGACUCUAUCCGACCCGGGCACUAUUCAGUCCUCUGCCUACCAGCAGCGUAG